CUGCAGCUAGUCCAGGAGCUACAGGGGGUCCUUUCUUGGUUGGGUCUCAAUCUUCAACCAUAAGGGUUGCCAGUAUUACAGUGAUAUACCUUUAUAGUUUAGCUUUAUACACAGCACAGGCACGUAUUUGUUUCUUGGUAUAAUUUUUGAUUUAUAUUUGUUAAAAAUGCUAAGCAGUCACCGCCAUGCUGUAACUAAUACUAAAAAACGAUUUAAUUACGAAGCAGCAGAUAAUGAUACUCACAAUCUCGCGAAAAGAAAAGAAGAGGCAGAUAGAGUUUUGAAAAAAUUUCCAAACUCUAUACCGGUAAUAUUUGAGAAAUCCGGAACUGCUUGGAACCUCCCUGUGCUAGAUCGACCUAAAUGGAUAGUAUCUGAAGUCACGACUAUAAGUCAACUUCAAUCACUGGUUAGGUGUAGAAUAAAACUGCCACACUACGAAGGCCUCUAUUUUAUAAUUGAUAACGAAUUGGUUGCUUUAGGCUUAACUUUAGCUGAAGUAUAUGAAAGAUACAAAUCGGAAGAUAAUUUUCUUCAUAUUACUUAUGCCAGCUGUGAAGCAUUCGGCUAAAUAACUGAAAUAAUGCUUUGAAGAAUGCCGCAAUGUUGAUAUUUCAAUGCCUUCACUUUUUCAUACUUUUGUAAUGAGUAUUAAUGUAAUAAAGAUAAGUAAAACUUCACAAAUUCAUUCAUCCAAAAAAUCCUUCAAUGGUGAUGAAAAAUGAUAUAAUAUGGUGUAAUAAAUGACUGUAAUAAAUAAAAUUGUAUUUAAUUUUGUAACUUGAA